AUGCUCCACCUCUUCUCAACGAUGAAGACGCAGUCCUCCACGACCGCGUGGUCUAAGGCCCGCAAGUCCAUCGUGCGCGCCAACGCCGGCGUCAAGCGCAGUAUCACUCUGCCACCUCUCCCGCACCCACCGACGCUCGUGGGCGGCCGCCUCGUGCCCUUCCAACGCGCCGCGCAGAGUCCUCGGACGCUCGGCCCGAUCCUCGAAGAAGACAGUUUCGUGAAGGUCUAG